GACUGGACCAAUUUUGGGUUAUGGCUUAAAAUACUUGUUUUUUUCCUUUUGGUAACUACUUCUGUGGUUUUUAACAGGUACUGUGCAGAGCUCUGACUCUGCUGGCAGACGGACUCACAGAUAAAGGAUCAUCACAUGGAAUAAAACACGUAUCCUGUAUAUCACUUUGAGGUUGAAUUCAUCCUUAUUUCAUUUAUUUGUAUCUUUCAUUUAUUUUGUAAAUAAUUUUUACUUUUUCCAAGAACUGAAACGGCCUAGCCAUGCUUCCCUUCUCUGUUGUCCUUCUCCUGCUGUGUGCCACCCCUCUUCCUCCCGCCUCUGUGGCCCUGCCCUUUGAACAGAAGGGCUUAUUGGACUUUGGGAAGAGCAUCGAUGUAGAGGGGCUGAUGAUGAUGAUGAUGAACGAUGAAGAGGAAGGCUCAGCGGUUGAGGAAUACUAUAAACCAGAACAGCCUACGUGUCCAUUCGGCUGUCAGUGUAACCAGAAUGUUGUGCAGUGCUCUGACUUGGGUUUACACUAUGUGCCAUAUGACAUCCCCCCGGAGACCAGGCUCCUGGACCUUCAAAGCAACCAGAUCACUGAAAUAAGAGAGGGUGACUUCAAGGGACUCAGUAACCUCUAUGCUUUGGUGUUGGUGAAUAACAAGAUCUCCAGGGUGCACCCUCGGGCCUUCAUGCCCCUCAAAAGGAUGCACAAGCUCUACUUCUCCCACAACCAGCUGACGGCCGUGCCCAAGAACCUGCCCUCUUCCCUGGUGGAGCUGCGCAUCCACGACAACCAUAUCAAGAGGGUGGCAUCUGGGGCUUUCUCUGGCCUGGGCAGCAUGAACUGCAUUGAGAUGGGGAGGAAUCCUAUUCAGAACAGUGGUUUUGAGCCCGGAGCCUUUGAUGGACUUAAACUUACCUUCCUUCGCAUUUCUGAGGCAAAACUCACAGGCAUCCCUAAAGAUCUCCCUGAGGGUCUACAUGAGUUGCAUUUGGAUCACAAUCAAAUUCAAGCCAUUGAACUAGAAGACCUAAGACAAUAUGAGAGUUUGCACAGGUUGGGUCUAGGCUACAAUCACAUUCGCAACAUUGAGCAUGGCAGCCUGUACUACCUGCAAAACCUGAGAGAGCUGCAUCUAGAUAACAACCGGAUCCCCAAUGUCCCUGGAGGCCUUGCUGGAAUGAAGUACCUGCAGGUGGUCUACCUUCACUCCAACAACAUCAGCCAGGUUGACGUGAAUGAUUUCUGCCCUAACGGCUUUGGUGUCAAGAAGACUUACUACAACGGGAUCAGUCUCUUUGAUAACCCAAUCAACUACUGGGAGGUGGUGCCGGCCACCUUCCGCUGUGUCAGCAACAGGAUGGCUGUACAGUUUGGCAACCACAAAAAGUAGUACAUGAGAGGCACCAGCUGUAGGGUAAUACAUGCAACUCAGAUACAACAUAAAUAACUUUGUUACACAGUUAAAAAACAAUUUAUUGAUAGAAAGAGCCUGAUGUAUGGUAAAAGAUAAAUAACUAAAACAUAACUGAAGUUUGUUUUGCAUGCAUGGAGUGGGUGAUAUUGUAUAUUGGAAAGAAAUUCGUCAUCCACAUAAUUUCAAUCAACCAAUCAAAUGUAUUUUAAUACAAUUUUUUUUUUUAAAUAUUUGUUACUUUCAAUUCAGCUGGAUCAUAGCAAUUUGGGAUUCUCUGUGAUUUUGUUUUUUUGUUUGUGUUUUAUCUCAAAUUACCUCUGACCUGACAACUGAUCUCAAAUAUUUGAUAUAGAAGAACAAUGCAAACUGACAGUUGAAAGCACCUUCAGAAGAAUCUGUCUUAUAAAUGUUGUUUAAAAAAUGUUAUUGUCAUGAUGUGUUUGCAGAAUAUUGAAGAUUAUUUAGAAUAUAUUUUGCAUACCCUUUAUUGAAAUUGAAAUCCUUGUUUUAUUAACAGCAUGCUGGAGAGGUCACAGUACAACUUAGAUGCAUAAAAUAUCGGCCUGAAGUGAGCUCCGCUGGGGCAGUCCCAUUAGAUCACUUAUAUACAUACAGACAAGUUAUAUUUGCAUGAUUUAGCUUAUUCAUCAUUCAUAAUUAAUUCAUAAUUAAUGUUUGGUUCAUUCAUGUGACCGACCAAUACCUCACGAGGCUUCUUCUCUCCAAGCUGAGAUCUUGAAACUGAGAUAUCCCUUUCUCAAAACAAGGUUCUGGGCCUGCUGCCAAAUUGCAGAUACUGAUAAUGAGGAUUCGUUCAAUCAGUCACAUGCAUGAACACAGAAAUUGGUUAUUAGAAAAGCACAACCAAUAAAAUGUCCCAUCACAGUCAUAAGAGGGGUCUUAUUUCUCACUCUCCCUAUUUUAUUAGGCCUACAUUAUGAUCAGAGCCGGCUACAGAAUGAUCAGCUAGGCUAAGGAGACAUCAGAUUUUCAACAUUUUGAUGGCAUAUUUACAAUUAUAUAAAAUAUAAACACAUUUUUCACACAACCAAUAAACAAAGCAUACCGACUUUGGCCGCUUCAAUAUCAUGGUUUGCGUUUUCAACACCACAAUAAAUAGGCUAUGUAAAUCUCGACUAAUGGAAAAUACAUCCCUCCCUACCUUGUAGGCCUACCCAGUAUCGAAGGCUUGGCUUGACAAUCUCCGAAUGUCAUUCAACUUUUUGGUGUUUUGUAAUAGAUGCCUCUUUCCAUUCAUCAAAUGGCCGCUGCAGUUUGGAUUGAUUGAUUUGAUUUGUCAGUUUAAAAACAUUCCUAUAUCCACAUGGUACAAAGAUUUUUAAAAGUAACCGGGAGUGCACCAAAAAAAAUUGGGGACUUAUUUCUAUUGUGGUCCUUAUUUUUUUACAUAAAUACAAUUACAUACUGUAGAUACAGACAAAAAAAGGUUAUAUUGUUCACACAUUAGCCAGCUUUUGACAUUCUUUUAAAAAGUGGUUAUGGUUGGUAUGGCUUUGAGAUGCUGUGGUAGAUUGUUCCACUCAACAGCGCCGGUAUAUUAAAAUGUGUUCUUACCAGAUAAAACAGUGAAUAUUAGAGUCUCAGGUAUUAUGCUGGUGGACAUCUCUAACAAAUGAAAAAGACACUGAACAAAAAUAUAAACGUAACAUGUAAAGUAUUGGUCCCAUGUUUCAUGAGCUGAAAUAAAAGAUCCCAGAAGUGUUGCAUAUGCA